GCGAAAAAGAAUCAUACAGAGAAGGCAGUCUCGUUAGGAUUCUUAGAGAGGAAGAUCUGUUAUGAUUGUUAUAGAAGGCGUUUUGUACAGAAGAAACCAAUACAUAAAAUCUAGCAGUUGCCCAAAAACGUCAAAAUCAAGAUGGCAAAUCAUCCUAAGUGUCUAAAACUGGCAUUUGUGUUGGUCCUGUGUUGUAACUUGAGCGACUUUAUAAUGGAUUGGGUGUUCUAUGACGACAUCAAGAAUGCAGAGGACGGCUUGGUGUUUGGGCCACAGAACAAUCAACUGGUCACCGCAUCAUUUGUUUUCUGUAUUAUAGGGACAUAUACUUUCCUGAUAGAACUGAUUAUCGACAUACUCGAUUACAAAUGGAACACAGAUUUACUAUCUGAUAUCUCAGAUGUGAUGACAGUUAUAACACUAUUGAUCGAAGACUUGCCUCAGGUCCUCAUCAACUUUGUCAUUGCUUUGUGUCGAGAAGACGUCACCAACAUCGUACAAAUAAUGAAGGCAUCAUCAUCAAUAAUUGAGGUAAUUAUAGCAGUUAUCAUCAUGUUGGUGAAAUACUGCCGAAAAGACGAAAAAUGGAAACUAAGGAAAUGCUGCUUCAAAGCAACAUUAAUUCUUUCAGCCAUAAUAUUAGCAUUUUCCGCAGUUGUCUUUUACCUGGAAACCAACUUCGCAAAGGCACGGAUAAACUUUGACAGCCAUGGCUUGGAAGGCCCAGAAGCAGAUCGGUAUCUUCUGGGAGUGGAUAUCUUUAUGAAAUCUUCAGCCCUUCCAAGUAUCACUAGUGAUCAAUGGUUGAAUAUUACGAGUAUACAAACUAUAACAAGAUUACCUAGUCAGUCUCAGUCAGUAGGGCUCCUCGUCACAGCACAAUACGCAUGGAUGAUGAAGCUGCCCACUUUAUCUGGGGAAUCGCUGCCAUGUUACAAUAUAACACAAGCAUCGAUACUCAAUCCUCUCCCACUGGCACAAUGUCCAGGUAUUCCGUUAUUUACAGAGGACAGUAGGUACAUAACGGUGAAGCUAACGUAUGUGGUCCCAAAUAGGAGACAGCCACUGGGAGAUAUACUGUACAAUUACCAAGUUACUGACCAAAACUGCACGCCAGUCUCGACACCACCCGUGACAUUGAAGUAUUUUAAGGGUAAAUCAGACAGGAAGGACGAUCAGAUCUUGAUCCCACCGUCUGACCUGCAAGAUGUACGAGAAGUAUGGAAGACUGGGAGGGGAUCUUGUAAGAGCACCGCGCGCGAGCAUCCAAAAUUAUCCUCUACGAUAGACGUACCCUGUGUGCAAUUGGGGUAGAUCAACACAAUCUAAUAUGAGCCUGUUCCGUGGACAGGAAGGAUAUCUAAACCCGAGUGUAAGAGGUUGGCUAGUCAGCAUGACGCUUUCCUACUGGGUAUUUUCCUGGAUAUACUUCCAUCUGGCCUGAACACGCCUUGGUUAGCAAAUGUUAUAAUGUUAGGGUUUCAUUCAUUAAAAAAAACACACACACAAAAAAACAAAAAAACGAAAAAACAGGGAAUGCCAUCAAAAUCACAAAAUCGUAAUUCUAAUUCAAAACCGGUAAAAAUAGGGUAAAUAUGAACAAAAAAAUCUAUAUCUGCAUGGAGAAGACCAUUGAGUACAAGAAUAAGAUCAUGCGUUCUAGUGGAGUAAGGCUCUUCUGCGUCAUCGACCAUACAAACAAUGGGCCUUUAGGUUAUAUCACAAACACUGGGCCUUUAGAUUAUAUCACAAACACGGGGCCUUUAGGUUAUAUAUCACAAACACUGGGCCUUUAGGUUAUAUCACUAACACUGGGUCUUUAGGUUAUAUCACAAACAAUGGGUUUUUAGGUUAUAUCACAACCACUGGGCCUUUAGGUUAUAUCAUCAACAAUGGGGUCUUAAGAUUAUAUCACAAACACUGGGUCAUUAGGUUAUAUCACAAACACUGGGCCUUUAGGUUAUAUCACAAACAAUGGGUCUUUAGGUUAUAUCACAAACACUGGGCCUUUAGGUUAUAUCACAAACACUAGGCCUUUCUGUUAUAUCACAAACUCUGGGUCUUUAGGUUAUAUCACAAACACUAGGCCUUUAGGUUAUAUCACAAACAAUGGGUCUUUAGGUUAUAUCACAAACAAUUGGACUUUAGGUUAUAUCACAAACACUGGGCCUUUAGAUUAUAUCACAAACACUGGGCCUUUAGGUUAUAUCACAAACACUGGGUCUUUAGGUUAUAUCACAAACAAUGGGCCUUUAGGUUAUAUCACAAACACUAGGCCUUUAGGUUAUAUCACAAACUCUGGGUCUUUAGGUUAUAUCACAAACACUAGGCCUUUAGGUUAUAUCACAAACAAUGGGUCUUUAGGUUAUAUCACAAACAAUUGGACUUUAGGUUAUAUCACAAACACUGGGCCUUUAGGUUAUAUCACAAACACUGGGCCUUUAGAUUAUAUCACAAACACUGGGCCUUUAGAUUAUAUCACAAACACUGGGCCUUUAGGUUAUAUCACAAACAAUGGGUCUUUAGGUUAUAUCACAAACAAUGGGUCUUUAGGUUAUAUCACAAACAAUUGGACUUUAGGUUAUAUCACAAACACUUGGUCUUUAGGUUAUAUCACAAACACUGGGCCUUUAGGUUAUAUCACAAACAAUUGGACUUUAGGUUAUAUCACGAACACUGGGCCUUUAGGUUAACGUGAUUGAUCGACGGAAGAUGCUUAAACAAUUGACCUCUGUGACCUUGAAACAAGAUCAAUGGUCUUCAUUUUGACAAAACUUGUAGCCCUUCAUCCGAGCAUGUUACUGGUCCAGCGUCAUGACCCUGGUCCUCUAGGUUAAUGGGAAGGUGUUUAACAAUAUGGCCAGACUGACAGGGCCUGCAUCGUGUUCUAGGAUAUUUCAGUGAUUAUGGAAAAACAAUUGUGUCUUCUCACAAACCUUUAUUUUGUUCGUUUAAUGCCCUUGUUUUGGGGAUUUUGAGUAUGAACUACGGCUUCGUUUUGGCGUCAGUAUUCUCUGCUGUCUUCACCCAAAAAUGCUUCGAACCAAUUUUAAUGAAAAUCCAUUUGGACGCUUAGACUUGAAGCUAUUUAUAGGAUAUAUUUCUAAUUUAUACCUUAUAACAAAUGCAAAACAAGUGAUAUCAACAUAUAUUAAUCACUCUUUUUGGCUCGGAUGGAAGCGCACGAUUCCAUCUAUAUCCCCUAUUUGGUUCCACCACUCCAGCCUAAGAGUGAGGAGUGACCUAAAACCUCUACAGCAUUUGACUUUUGGCCUUGAAAGGAGGUCAGCGUAAUUUAUUUGAACGAACUUGGAAGCCCUUCACCCACGUAUUCUACAGCACCAAUAUCACUGCCAUGUAUUUAGGUUAGUUGACACCGAAAGAAUAAAAGAUGGACGUCGCAUCACGGACAUCAGUUCAUAAUCUCGCUUGCGUUCUUUGUUGACGUCAUGCGAGUAUUGUUCAUGUCAGAUAAUAUUUUUAAAUUUUCUUAUAACACUUUAGGCCACUGUAUAUUUAGAAUAAAUCAAUGUAUCUCGAAUGAC